GCAGUCCGUGUCUGAGGUGCGGAGUGGAGGUGUUUCGGGUUGGGAUCUUUUUCUGCACUCUCUUCUGACUGAGGCUCUUUACUCAGGUUAUGGCAGCUGUUACUCCAAGAAGAAAACGCUGUUAUAAUAGUUUACAGCUAGUACAUGAGAAUCCAAUGAAAAGGUUGAGGAUGGAAUUCGCUGAAGAAGCAUCUGCAGAGCACAGUUUUCUGUCUCCAACAAAAAAACCUUCUAGUUUCCAAGAUAAAGAAAACCAGCACUUGCUCCAAAGGUCAACCAGCUUGGAAAAACUUAAUACUUCACCACUGCAGACAGCAGAUGCACCAAAAGGAAGAUCAAAUGCACUCCCACAGAAAACAUCUCCAGUGUCCGGCGCUAUGUAUAGUUCCACUGUGUCUAUCAGUUCCUUUUACAGUAAAGUAAAUACAUUUCAAAGUAUACUCGAGAGAAAACAAGCAAAUGAAUGUAAUCUGAAUUCCAGAAAUGAUGAUGCAAACUUACCUGUUGCUAACAAGACAGAAGUGGUACAGGCAAAGAUUCAACACCUUAAAACUUCCAAGCGCCUAGCUGUUUCCAGGCAGGCCAAGACUUUAUCAAGAAAUACCAAAAAAGCUAAAAUGGAAACUGCUGUACCCAAGCCUAAGGGGAAGGAGAAUAAUAAUUAUGCUGUAGAAAAGAAAAUGGAAGGUCCUUCUAGAGUCCUAAGCAUGAAGUUCAAGCCUGUGUUAAGACUCCAGACAGGGGCAGCAUUUUUUGCCACUGGAAAGAAGUGGAACUGUGACUCUAAGAAGCUGUUUUCACCACGAAGAUCUCUCCAAUUUGUUAACAAUACCACAGAAAGCAAGAAGCAGGACAGUCUUCUCACAUAUGCCAAAAUGUGCUUACCUGCUGAAAGCAAAGCAGCUAAAAGUAGCAGGGAAGAAAACCAAGCAGAUGUAUCCCCCAAAGAGAGUCUUGAUCCUGAGGAUGGGAAGAGACUGGCAUGUAAUAAAAGUCACAUUAAGGACCCUUUGUGUGAACUGAAUCCAUUACAAAAUUCUGAGCUGCUUCAGAUUCCUCAGUCUGGUUCCUCAGAGUCCCCAGCUCAGAAAGAAACUGAUGCUGGGAUACAGGUUUUGGAAGGAACUUUAAAGGAAUCAUCUGAAAGUACAAACAAAUAUAAGAUUGCCUCUUCCAUUUUGGCAGACAGUGUUCAUCCUUUAUUCAGAACAUCUUCCAGCAACAAAAAAAGUCCACAGACUCUUCCAGGUGAACAACCAUCAUCACAUGUGGAAUUGAGUCCAGUAAGACAGAAGUCUCCUUCCAAACUAAGAAUCAGCAAGAAGACAAAAGUACUGACCAAAGGCUUGAAAGAUCAAAUGGUCAUUGAUGCUGGUCAAAAACAUUUUGGUGCCACCACCUGCAAAUCAUGUGGCAUGGUUUAUUCAGCUGCCAAUCCAGAGGAUGAAGCAUAUCAUCUCCAGUAUCAUCAAAGGUUUAUUGAGGGAAUAAAAUACGUGAGCUGGAAGAAUGAACAUGUAGUUGCAGAAUUCUGGGAUGGAAAAAUUGUCUUGAUUCUGCAGAAUGAUCCAAAACAUGUCAUCAAAAAGGCUGAUGAUGUACGCAAACUUGUAGAUAAUGAACUUGGGUUUAAACAAGUAGUGCAGACUUAUCCAUCACAAACUAAAACAUACUUGUUUGUAUCCAAUGAAAAAAAGAUAGUUGGCUGCUUAAUUGCAGAGCCAGUCAGGCAGGCUUUUCGAGUGCUUUCAGAGCCUGAAACAGUGGAGUCCCCUACUAAAAACAGCCUAGAGCAUCAGCGUGCCUGGUGCUGCUCGACAAAGCCAGAAAAGGUCUACUGUGGGAUUAGCCGAAUCUGGGUAUUCAGCCUGAUGCGGAGGAAGUGCAUUGCCAGCCGUUUGGUGGACGUGAUGAGGCAAACUUUUUCAUUUGGCUGUUACCUAAGCAUCAAUGAAAUCGCCUUUUCAGAUCCGACACCAGAUGGAAAACUAUUUGCAGCAAAAUAUUGCAAAGUGCCCAACUUCCUCGUUUAUAAUUUUAUUAGUUAAGACCAGAUUGGUUAAAGUGCAAAUUGGAGUUAAUGAGCCCUUCUCUUCUUUCAGCAAGGGCUCGUUUUACAAAAUGUGGUUAUUGCAUUGUUUUAUGCUUUAAUGUGAUAACAUAAAUUUGAAUUAGUAACAUACCAAGUGUGCAUUUGGUCUGCGAAUUGCUUUGAAAAAGUUAAUUCUAGAAGUUAAAAACUUCUGAAGCUGAUUAUAAAAUUUAGAGUGUGUAAGAAAAGAACUAUGGCUCCUAGUUGCUCUAGCUCUUUAUUUCUACUGCCUCCAGUGUGUUUUUAUACUUCUGGCAGAUAUGCUGGUUUGCUUGCAGAUUGAUGACUAGGUUUAACAAAAGAAACUCAGUGCUGAGACUGAAUAAACAGGGAUGGAAAAUGUGUGUUGAGCUACAAAUCCCUGAGCUAAUUUCCAGCAUCUUCUACCAAUAAUUAUGCUGGCUAUGGCUGCUCAGCUACACCUGGAGGGCCAUAACUUUUAUAGACUCGGAGGAGAUAGUGUAGGAGGUAUUCUAAUGCUGCUAUGAACUAAGAUACGAGCUAAAAUUUUAAAAUUAUUUUUGCACGUGUUAGUGGAAGCACAACACAGACUAGUUUUUGAAGCUCUAAAGCUUUGGAGGUGACUGCAGAAGGUGGGUAGGCUAUGUCUGACAACUACUGCAAUUCUUGCACUAAACACUGCUGGACCAAGUCUGUUCAAAUAAAUAUUUUUGUGUAUUAAGCAUUA